CCGUCUGUCUGCGUGAACUCUAACGUGUAUGAUGUAGCAGGACGUGGCUAGCAAGGAGCUAGUGGCGGCACGACGUCCGAAAUACUCAAAUACCCUGAUAAGAAUUCAAUUUACUUCAUGUCGGAGCACCGUAUGUGUCAUUUUCAGAAGAUAAAUCGCUUUUGCCAGAUGUGAGACAUCGGCAAAAGAUCAAGAGCUGAAUGGAAACAUUUGAGGCCUUUUGUGUGUGAGGAGGUUGUGGGUUGUGUACCAUGGGGUACGACGUUACGAGGUUCCAGGGUGAGGUGGAUGAAGACCUCCUGUGUCCCAUAUGCAGUGGAGUGCUAGAGGAACCAGUGCAGGCUCCACACUGCGAACAUGCCUUCUGCAACGCCUGCAUAACCCAGUGGUUUGCCCAGCAACAGAUUUGUCCCGUGGACCGCACAGUAGUGACGCUCGCCCACCUGCGGCCCGUGCCCCGCAUCAUGCGCAACAUGCUGUCCAAACUCCAGAUCAACUGUGACAACGCCAGCUUCGGCUGCACGGCGACGCUGCGGCUGGACCAGCUGCAGUCGCACCUCAAGGACUGUGAGCACAACCCGAAAAGGCCAGUCAACUGCGAGGAGGGGUGUGGGCUUGAAAUGCCGAAGGACGAGCUGCCCAACCACAACUGCAUCAAACAUUUACGGAGCGUCGUGCAGCAGCAGCAGACCAAGAUCUCAGAGCUGGAGAAAACCGUGGCUGAGCAUAAACACCAGCUGGGGGAACAAAAACGAGACAUUCAGCUGCUAAAAGCGUACAUGAGAGCGAUCCGCAGCGCAAACCCGAACCUCCAAAACCUCGAAGAGAGCAUAGAGUACAACGAGAUCCUGGAGUGGGUGAACUCCAUGCAGCCGGCCAGAGUCACCCGCUGGGGCGGCAUGAUCUCCACGCCGGACGCCGUCCUGCAGGCCGUCAUCAAGCGCUCGCUCAUCGACAGCGGCUGCCCGCUGUCCAUCGUCAACGACCUGAUCGAGAACGCCCACGAGCGGAACUGGCCGCAGGGACUGGCCACGCUGGAGACGCGGCAGAUGAACAGGCGCUACUACGAGAACUACGUGGCCAAGCGCAUUCCCGGCAAGCAGGCGGUGGUGGUGAUGGCCUGCGAGAACCAGCACAUGGGCGAGGACAUGAUCCUGGAGCCCGGCCUGGUCAUGAUCUUUGCCCACGGAGUGGAGGAGAUCUUAUAACCCACCCAGAGACACGGGGAAGUUUUGCUUUCACUCGCCAGAGUGGUAGAGAGGUUCGUUUUUGUUUUUUUAAAUCCUCUUUAAAGUGAAACCUACAAAAGAAAAUCUGGCUUAUUUAAAACAAAAUCUUAGGCUCACUCCUAAGCUUGAUACUUAUGCCUUAAAGUAAGGACAAAUACUUUAUAAACCUGGCAAAUAUAAACAUAAUCUGAGAUGAAAGGUGAUGUUUACAAGGUUUAUAUCUAGUGCAUUAUAUGAUUGAUUGUUCUGCUACUAAUAUAGUAAUAAGCUUAAACCCCCAUUUAAUGUCCUCGCUUGUACAAAUGCUUGUAAAUACAAAUACUAUAUUGAAUUCUAACUGUAAUACUCACCUCUGUAAUUAGGUUGUGAUUUUGCUUCAUUCAGUUUCCUGUGAAUAUUUCACAAAACGUCGUGCUUUCCGCUUUAGAUUGUUCAGACCUUCUGUGCCAUUUGUUUUAUUUAUUGUUGCCUUUUUUAUGUUUGUUUCUUCUUUUGCAAACAUGAUUGAAGACGCUACCGUUUAAUGUAUGGGAAACUGCCUUUUGGUGAAUUUGAAGUUUGUUGCUGGAAGUUUAAAGGAAAAAAAAGAUGUUUUCUUUGUUGCCUCUGUUGUACAUAUGGUGUGUGUGUGUGUGUCGGGUCCAGUUCAGGUGUUUAAUUUGCAGCUUAACAUUUGAAACGUCACUCAGUGCUAUAAUUUGGAAAAUUAAAAUAGUUCACUUCUUUUUUUUUUUUUUUUYUUUUUUUUUUUUAGGUGAUUUAUUUUCAGAAUGAAUUGUAUAAAUUGAGGUUUUUACAGUUUUUGUGAUGCACUACAGCAAAACAGUCUUGGAGAUUGUAUAUAUAUUUGUGGAGUCACAAUAAUGAUUUACCAUCAGUCACUUACUGCUGUAGUGAGACGAACAAAACUUCAGAUGAAGAUGAUAUAAAAGCUCUUACAGGCAGGCUGUGCCCUUCGCUUUCUUCCUUGUUCAUGUUUUUUAUUUUGUCUGUAAUGUACGGUGUUGUACAGACGAGUAAUAAAACCUUAAACCUCA